AUGGAGACUGGACAAAAGCAGAAGAAACCCAAUCCCCCUCAUAAAGGAGGAAAGAGAAUACACGAUGAAUCAGGAACUGUAGCAAGAACUCAUCGUUGCUAUCACAUUGAGUACUUCCUUCUACCAGACGACCUCGUACCUAGAAAACUGGAUUUGAUGUUGUCUGGGAUGGUUGCAAAACUAUUUACAGAAUCUAGUUCCAAGGCUGUUACACCAUGGUUGGAAAAUGACAAGCUGUGGAUAUCGUGGAGCCAUAGUGUUGAUAUCAAUGUCACUAAUGAGUAUCUAAUAAAACUACAAGAUCACAAAAUCACUUUAAAAAUCUGGAAUACCAAGGACAAAGUUGCCUCAAAUGCAAAGCUUAGUAAAUCAAACACAGUUUCUUCACUAGAAGGGGAUGCAGAGGCUGUUGGUGAUGUAGAACACACAGUGCUAUUGCAAAGAAAAUUAUUUGAAGAGAGUCAGCCAGCACCCAGCUGUAUAAAAAUCAAAGCAGCAAAGGCAUCCAAGGUGUGGGAAGAGUCUUCAGCUCUUGCUCCUGAAGCAGAAACUGAUCUGAGUGGACUAGCAAGAUCUGAUUGUGGUUUGCCACAUCCGUCAAGGACAGAUGACACCUGCACAGCGAGAAGUGGUUAA